AUGGUCGAUGGAGGGACGGAGAGCGGGAGGAAGAAGCGAGCGAAAAUCCCGGUGAGUGUCCGCUCCUUACUUGAUGGCUGUGGAUUCGGAAGUACUGCAGAUGCUGAUAUUUCAGUUGUUUCUCCAAGGAGAGCUUGGCAGCGGGGCAGGAGAUGGCGGCGGGAGAGGAAGGAAGUUCAGGAGUGGUAGAUGACGAGGUUGAGGAGGAGACGCAGCCUAGGAUUUCCUGCUCGGAGGAAAUUAUGGAGCGCAUUAGCCAGAUCUUUGUGAAGAUGGAGCACUUUACACUGCAGGUCACAAUUUGGGGCUCCGUUGGAUCAUCCUCCUCCUUGUGAAUCUUCUCCUCUGAUUUCAUUAACUCCUCUGUUGAGAAGGUCGAUAUGCUUGUUUCUGUACGCGUCUACAUUUCCUUUAGGUCUCUGAGAUGCUCGAAGCGGGGAAGGCAAUGUUCAAAAACGUCAGCACGGAGUUCGAGGAGCGUCUGAUCGCGUGAGUUUGCUCUCUCUCUCUCCCCCCUUCACCCCACUUCUCUGUCCUCUGCAAAGUGUCAACGUGCUUCCUGCUCUAUUUUCGUACCUUGCUUUCCUCCGUUUCCCAGCAUUCACAGAGAGCAAAUCGAGAAGUGGGAUGAGGAGAUCAGGGAGCUCCGUCUGCUCGAUACGGCAAACGAGGAAGCCAGCGCGUUGCUCCAAAAAGUCCGAUAUCAUCUCGUUCACAACGUCCAGAUGGGACUCUGA